AUGUUCGGCGAUAAUAAAGAUCUUUUGAAUGCUUGGUUUGAAUUAGAAGAACAUCCGUUAAAGCGUGAUAAUCCAUACGGCGAUCGACAUUUGAUAAAAGAAGUUCCCUCGUUGCAAUUGUUAACCGAAUUCGAAAAGAGUAUCGGCAUCACCUUCAAACACAUUCGUGUGCUGGCGAAGGCGUUCACUCGUCGAAAUAUUGGAUUCAAUAAUUUGACUUUGUUG